AUGGAGAUCGAAAACAUCGUCGCCAAUACAGUCUAUAUCAAGGCACGAGAAAGUGGUGGCCAGAAAAAGGGGAAGAGUAAAAAAUGGAAAAAUUAUCUACAGUUUCCGCAUUAUACAGAAUGCAUACCACAGAAAAAGGAAAAUGGAGAACCUUAUGCAUUCGUCGUUGAGAAGCAACCUAUCGGCAAGUUGCUAUUUCACGAAUUCUGCCAGGCGACAAAUCCGCAAUAUCAUCAGUGCUGUCAGUUUCAAACGAAGGUAGAAGAGUAUGAAACAUCAGACGACGAUGGGCAAUCCAGGAGGGACCUAGCGUCGGCAAUCGUAGCCCUCCUAUCAUCAAAAAACGAUCAAGAUCUAUCGUCUUCAAUAGAUGAGGAAGUGUGGUGUGCCUUUCUGAGCGACGAGGUAAUAUCAACAUGUAUAUCAACGGCAGACUCGGCAACACAUGACAGUGAGCCGAGGAGUGAUAUAUUUUCGGAGCCAUAUAGGCUUACCCGGGAGUAUCUGAAGCAGAAGCCAUUCGCAGAAUUCAUCCAGACCAUGUAUUUUCAUCGGUUUCUACAAUGGAAAUGGCUGGAAAAAAGGCCCGUGGAUAAGCAUACGUUUCGAUUGUAUCGAGUAUUAGGCAAAGGUGGAUUCGGAGAAGUGUGCGCGUGUCAGGUUCGAGCUUCGGGGAAGAUGUAUGCGCUGAAAAAGUUGGAGAAGAAGCGAGUGAAGAAGCGACACGCUGAAACAUUAAGCUUGAAUGAAAAACAAAUUCUGCAGAAGGUUAACUCUCCAUUCGUUGUUAGCUUGGCGUAUGCUUAUGAGACCAAGGACGCACUAUGCUUAGUGUUAACACUGAUGAAUGGUGGUGAUCUGAAAUUUCAUUUAUACAACCUGAUGCCUGGCGGAUUCGAUGAGAAACGGGUGCAGUUCUAUGCUGCUGAAAUCACGCUCGGCCUGCAACACCUACACUUGGAGCAUAUUUUGUACAGAGACUUGAAACCAGAAAAUAUACUUCUUGACGAUUUCGGCCACGUGAGGAUAUCAGACUUGGGUCUAGCUGUAGAAUUAAAAGACAACGAACCAAUCAAGGGUAGAGUAGGAACUGUAGGCUAUAUGGCUCCAGAAAUAGUGAAAAAUGAACGAUAUACAUAUGGUGUCGACUGGUGGGGUGUUGGAUGUCUGAUCUAUGAGAUGAUCGAAGGAAAAGCUCCAUUUCGGCAGCGGAAAGAAAAAGUGAAACGGGAGGAAGUGGAACGACGAGUUAGGGAGGAUCAAGAAAAGUAUUCGGAGAAGUUCAGCGAGGCGGCUCGAACUCUUUGUCGAGGUUUGCUACACAAAGAACCGGGGUUCCGGCUUGGAUGCCGGCGAGUUGGAAAACCGGAAGACGGCGCCGAAGAGAUUCGAGCUCAUCCAUUUUUCAACACUGCUGACACAGCGACGGGUCGAGAACCAGUCCCAUGGAAGAAGAUGGAAGCGGGAAAGGUAACACCACCAUUUUGCCCGGAUCCUCGAGCUGUAUACGCCAAAGACGUUUUGGAUAUCGAACAGUUUAGCACUGUAAAAGGUGUCCGGCUAGAUGCCACCGACACUCAAUUCUACGGGAAAUUCAACACUGGAUGUGUUAGUAUACCAUGGCAAAGCGAGAUGAUCGAAACUGAGUGCUUUGCUGAGCUGAACACAUUCUAUGAAGAAGACGGUAGUCUCGUCUGGAACCUCCGUCCCGACGGAAUUAACAUGGAAGAAAGGAGGAAUGGGACCAGUAAACCUGGUUUCUUCUCCCGAUUAUUUCGAAAAAAGAAUAUCGAAGUCACAAAAUCCCUCCACGACCUUUCCCGUCUUGGUGUUGACCAGCAACAACCAUCAACAUCAGCAAAACCAGCGGCAGUGAGAUCCAGCCGAGCGGCAUCGGCCAGUGGACGGACUUCGAUGAUCUGA